AGCCUAUAGGGGACUUCCCCGCCUUGCUUGUUGACAUAUCAAGUCUAUCCCAGGAUUACCGGGCAUCGGGAGAUGCACGGGGGAAAACUGUCGGGGUAUGACGGCACCUCGGUACCUACCUACCUACCCUAGUUUGUCUUCUUCUAGGACGGGGAGAUCUUCUUGUGUCUCUCAACCCAUGUCUCGCGUUAUAAGAGCCGCUUACAUAUGCCCUCCAUAUGGGUUUCUUGGUCGAGCAGCAGUCACAUAUAAGCUCAUUCGAGACAGCUUUCUUGUUGCUUUGUCUAUUACUUGUUUGUUCCACUUAAUAUCUUGUCAGCUUCUUUGCUUUCUUAUCCUCCACUUGCCGAAUCUCAGGUUUCAACAACCAUAACACGAUCAGACCACAUUACGCUUGGUCACAGAGAAACAAAGAUACAGGCUCGACGCCUCAGGGCACCACUACAUACGCCCUCCUCUUCCCGUCACAAUAGUUAUCCGUUUGAGUCAAGAUGAUUACAGAUUUGAUAAUAAAAGUACUGGCACAGCACUGGCCAGCAAUACUUUGCUUAGUCCUUGUGGGAUGGCUGGUUAGGAACAGAUAUCACAAUGGUCUGAACAAAUACCCAGGCCCGUUCCUGGCAUCGUUGACGGACUGGUGGAGGUUCAUUGAUGUGUAUAAGCGGAGACCAGAAGUUACACACAUUGCGCUUCACAAGAAACAUGGCCCUAUCGUACGCCUUGGACCCAACACUUUGUCCUUUUCGGAUCCAGAGGCGAUCAAGACGAUAUACGGUCUUAACAAGGGGUUUGUCAAGUCCGACUUCUACGUUGUCCAGCAAUCCACCGUCAAAGGCCACAACCUCCCCUCCCUCUUCAGCACAACCGACAAUGAAUUCCACAUGCAAUUCCGCCGCUGCGUCAACUCUGCCUUUGCCAUGUCAGCCCUUGUCCAGUAUGAGCCGUUUGUCGAUAACACCACCAAGCUCUUCCUGAAGCAGACCGAGAAGCUGUACGUCGAAGGAGGGGCAAAGGCGUGCGACUUUACCCGCUGGUUGCAGUUCUAUGCGUUCGACGUGAUUGGUGAGAUAACAUACAGCAAGAGACACGGGUUCAUCGAGCACAACAAGGAUAUCGAUGGGAUUGUUUCGUAUCUGACCAAGCUGUUCAACUACGUCGCUCCCAUCGGCCAAAUCCCCCUCCUCGACCGGCUCUUCCUCAAAAACCCUCUUUACCUCAAACUAUCCCAAUGGGGCCUCAUCGACGGCACCAUGCCCGUCGCCGCCUUUGCGCGCGCCCGCAUGGCCGAGCGUCUUCCCGAACUGCAAACCGAAAAGACAGCCAUCUUGCCCACCUCGGAGAAACAAGCCCAGCUAAAGAUCCAAACCCCCGACCUCCUCUCCAAGUUCCUCGCCGCCCGCUCCGCCCGCCCCAACUUCAUGACCGACACCCUCGUGCAAACCAUGGCCGUCUCCAUGGCCUUUGCCGGCUCCGAGACCACCGCCAUUUCGCUUUCGGCCGUGUUUUACUAUCUGCUCCGCACCCCGCGCGCGCUGGCCCGUUUGCGGGAGGAGAUUGACGAAACGGCGCGCCAGGGCAAGUUUAGCGAUUACGAGACGGGCCUGGUUACUUGGGCGGAAGCCCAGACUUUGCCGUACCUGGAUGCGUGUGUGAAGGAAGCGUUUCGAUUGCAUCCGGCUCCGGGGUUGCCGAUGGAACGCGUGGUCCCCCCCCAAGGGAUGGAGAUUGUGCCGGGACAGUUUGUCAAAGGGGGUACAAUUGUCGGGGUUAGUGCGUGGGUUUUGCAUCGAGAUGAGAGCAUUUUUGGAGAAAGGGUGGAGGAGUUCAGGCCCGAGAGGUGGUUUGUGGAUGAGACGGUGUCGUCGAAGGAGGAGGAGGAGGGGAAGACGAGAGAAGAAGAGGAGAAGAGGAUCAAGACGAUGAAUGGGCAUAUGUUGCAGUUUGGUAUGGGGAGCAGGACGUGCAUUGGCAAGAACAUUAGUUUGUUGGAGAUUUAUAAGUUGGUGCCUACUUUGUUGAGGAGGUUUGAGAUCGAAUUCGAUGAUCCGAGCAGGGAGUGGGAAAUUGUGAAUGCUUGGUUUGUGAAGCAGAAUAACUUCAUCACCAGGUUCAAGGUGAGGGACAUCGUGAUGCCCGAGAACAAGGAAUAGUAGGUUUGGGUUUUGGGUAUGGGGGAGGUGUUUGGCGUCAUGAUGGUUUACUGUUUGUUAUUGGAGCAAGUUCGAUGGGAGAGGUGUGAACUGAAUGGACGUUCUGUUGAAUGUCUACAUCCAUGUAGAUGGUGGCUCCAAAUCAGUGUGGAAGUGCAGCAUACGAACUCAAAAUACUUGCAUGUAGAUGAGCU